AUGUCUCAAGAAUUAGAAGACCGCAUUAUCAAGGCUUUAGAAGCAUACCAUGCUGCUAAGAAGCCCAAAAUCGCGUCGAUCGCGCGGGAAUUUAGCAUUCCAUACCAAACCUUCAGAGGGCGAGUUCAGGGUCGGAAAUCUCGAGCGGCCCAAACCCCAGGCAAUAAAGAUCUAGAACCUGAGCAAGAAAAGGCCUUAAUUCUAUGGAUUGAUACCUUAGAUCAGGCCUUUUCUCCGCCAUCAGCAGCGCGAAUUCAGGGUGCUGCCUUGCAAAUUAUCUAG